AUGAGAUUUGCCGCCUUUCUCGUAGCUCUCGCGGCUGCCACGGCCGUUGCCGCUCUCACUGUCGACGUCAAGCCGCGCGACCUCAUCGACGACGACGCUCCUCACCAGGACGAUCCGGACUUCAUCAGCGCCGUGAUGCGCGCCCACUGGUACUGGCGUAGGCUUCAUUGCGCUCAGGACCUCGUCUGGGACCCUGAGCUCGCCAAGCAGGCUCGUGCCGACGUCGCGAAGUGCCCGGACAAGCCCACUCAUGAGCGCCCCGGCAGCAACCUCUCGUCCGUUAAGCCUGCGCCCAAGGGUCACGCUGAGUGGGUCGCGUUCGCCCGCGGCGCGUCCCAUGGCUGGCAUGAGGAGGAGACCCAGUACCCUUACGACAACCCUCACUUCUCCGAUGCGUGGGGUCACUUCUCCCAGAUGGUCUGGCGCAACUCUUCGUCCAUCGGCUGCGCUGUCGGACACUGCAACGAUGCUAAGAACCCCGUCCAGUGGCCCGGCCGCUUCUACUGCUACUACAACUGGUACGGCAACAAUGUAGCUGAGGGUCAGUUCCGUGAACAAGUCUGGGGACCCGUGUGCCACGAUCCUUCUGUCGGCGAGGUCAAGGCCCGCCAGAAUGUUGCCUUCGACUGGACUGCUCGCACCCAGUAG